AUGAACGAUAACUUCUGCCGGGCCCUGGUGGACCGGAGGCCCAUGGGGCCCCCCAGCUGCAUGCAACUGGGUGUUGUGCCCCCUCCCAGGCAGGCGCCGCUGCCCCCCGCCGAGUCCUUGGGUAACGUACCCUUCCUGCUGUACCCAGGCCAUGCGGAGCCACCUUACUACGACGCCUACGCGGGGGUGUUCCCCUACAUGUCCUUCCCCGGAGCCUUUGGGGUCUAUGACUACCCCUUCGAGCCCGCCUUCAUCCAGAAGCGCAACGAGCGCGAGCGGCAGCGCGUCAAGUGCGUCAACGAAGGCUACGCGCGCCUCCGCGGCCACCUCCCGGGUGCGCUGGCCGAGAAGCGGCUCAGCAAGGUGGAGACGCUGCGCGCCGCCAUCCGCUACAUCAAGUACUUGCAGGAGCUGCUGAGCGCGGCCCCCGACGGGGCGGCCCCAGCCUCCGCCCGCAGCCUCCCGGGCAUCGGGCCAGCUGCUCUCCAGCCGGACUGCCCCGGCGACUGCGGGGCCCGGGUGCCCCACUCCCUGGUGCCCGAGUCGACCGAGUCCUCCUGCUUCUCCUCCUCGCCCUUUCUCGAGUCGGAGGAAUCCAGCCAUUGA